AUGGGGAAUUGCUGUACUUCACCCAAAACUUCUGAUGAGAAGAAGACAAAGGGAAAGCAUAAGCCAAAUCCAUUUGCUUCUGAUAGCAAUGGCCAUGUGCCAAACGAUGGGCACAAAUCUCACGUGUUGAACAAUCCAACCGGGCAUGACAUCGAUGAAUUUUACAAGCUCGGGCGUGAGCUCGGCCGAGGUGAGUUCGGGGUAACGUAUCUGUGUACGGAUAAAACCAGCGGCGAGUUAUUUGCGUGUAAGUCGAUAUCGAAAAAGAAGCUUAGGACUAGAGUUGAUAUUGAGGACGUUAGACGAGAGGUUGAGAUCAUGAAGCAUUUGCCUAAACACCCGAAUAUCGUGAGAUUGAAGGAUACUUACGAAGAUGAUCACGCUGUACAUUUGGUUAUGGAGUUGUGUGAGGGUGGUGAGUUGUUUGAUAGGAUUGUGGCAAGAGGGCAUUAUACCGAAAGGGCUGCUGCUGCUGUGACUCGAACAAUUGUUGAGGUUAUCGAGAAUUGCCAUAAGCAUGGUGUGAUGCAUCGUGAUCUCAAGCCUGAAAAUUUCUUAUUCGCAAACAAAAAGGAAACAUCACCACUUAAGGCCAUCGACUUUGGGUUAUCAGUUUUCUUCAAGCCAGGCGAGAAAUUCAACGAGAUUGUGGGGAGUCCUUAUUAUAUGGCUCCAGAGGUGCUGAAAAGAAAUUACGGACCUGAAGUCGAUGUUUGGAGUGCGGGUGUUAUUCUCUACAUCUUACUGUGUGGUUUUCCACCUUUUUGGGCUGAAACUGAACAAGGUGUUGCCCAAGCAAUCAUUCGUUCGGUGGUGGAUUUCAGAAGAGAUCCUUGGCCUAAAGUUUCUGACCGAGCAAAAGAUCUUGUGAAGAAGAUGCUCAACCCGGACCCCAAACAGCGGCUUACAGCUCAAGAAGUUCUAGAUCAUCCUUGGUUACAGAAUGCAAAGAGUGCUCCUAAUGUUUCUUUAGGCGAAACUGUGAGAGCUAGGCUCAAACAAUUCUCUAUGAUGAAUAAGCUAAAGAAAAGAGCUCUGAGGGUGAUUGCCGAGCAUUUGUCUGUGGAGGAAGUGGCUGGGAUCAAGGAGAAAUUUCAAUUGAUGGACACGAAUAACAAGGGUAAAAUCGGCAUUAAUGAGUUGAGAGCAGGGCUUCACAAGCUUGGGCAUCAAAUCCCUGAAGCCGAUCUUCAAGCCCUUAUGGAAGCUGGUGAUGUGGAUAAAGAUGGAUAUCUCGAUUGUGGAGAGUUUGUUGCGAUCUCUGUACACUUGAAGAAAAUGGGUAAUGACGAUCAUCUCAAGAAAGCCUUCGAUUUCUUUGAUAAAAACAAGAGUGGAUACAUAGAAAUCGAAGAGCUGAGGAAUGCCUUUGCUGACGAGGCAGAGGCAACGAGCGAGGAGGUCAUUAACGCCAUUAUUCAAGAUGUCGACACAGACAAGGACGGGCGAAUAAGUUACGAUGAAUUUGCAGCUAUGAUGAAAGCUGGCACUGAUUGGAGAAAGGCUUCGAGACAAUAUUCGCGCGAACGCUAUAACAGUCUAAGCUUGAAACUGAUGAAAGAUGGGUCUUUGGAUAUGAGCAGUGAAGUUAGAUAA